AUCAAAUUUCAAACAGAUGCCAGGUCGUGGAAAAUCAUUUCAUGGGAAAGGAAAAGGAAAAGUCAAACGCAAGACGGGAAAUCGUACCUUCAGAGAAGCUAUUAUGGGGAUCACCAAGCCAGCUAUACGUAGACUGGCUAGAAGAGGAGGGGUCAAAAGAAUUUCAUCAUUAAUUUACCCUGAAACCCGCUUUGUCCUGUACGAAUAUCUCAAAAAAGUCAUCAAGGAUUCAAUGACAUAUACGAUUCAUAGCAGGAGAAAAACAGUGUUUGCCCUUGACGUCGUAAUGGCACUUAAAAGACAAGGGAAUAGUCUUUAUGGCUUUGGUGGUUAAACCCUACAAACUCCAUCCUCUUUAGAGGACUUCAAUAUUACCCUUCGUUAAAGUAAGAAUUUGUCAGAAUGAAACUAUGUAAUCUACCAGCAUUC